CAUACAUCAGCUGGAACAGCCCAAAACCUGCAGAUCUCGCUGAACAUUGGAUAGCGCCAGCAAAACCCUUCCUAGCAGCGGUUCAUCCUGCAAGAACCUAGAUACCCCCACAAGAGCACUGCGGAUGUUUUCUUCUCCGUCUCGUUACCCCCCGCGAUUUGCGUCGGUGGAAGAGGUGGACAAGUUUGCAGCCUCGCCCAGUUCACCUUCGGAACCAGCAACGAAUCACACCAAGAGAACCACGGGGCUAGCGUAUUAUAGAUUCAAAAAAUGGGAAAAGGCGGAGAAGGCACUUGCAGAGCAUCUUGCACAUUGCGCAGAUGACUUUGAGGCAACCCAAACGCUCGCAAGUACAUACGAACACCUUGCCAAGUUUCGUUCAGCAGUUGAUUUCUACGAGAAGGCAUAUAAACUACGGACACACGAGAAGGGUCUGCUUCUGAAAGUGGCAAGACUUCGUCUAGACAUAAUUGACCCAGACCCGAAAACCCGUUCAGAGGACACCUGUGAUGAUCAAGCCUCACGUGUGCUUCAUCUGAAGAGAGCAUUCCAUUGCCUUAAAGAAUCGCGAUUGGAAGAAAGUGGACGGAUUUCGUUCGAAGCUCUACCUUUGCUGGACCGGACCUAUGGACUCGUUGCGGACUCAUGUCCUAAUAUCUUGAGUCAGGAAAGUCUUCGUCAAGAUUUUCUGGCGGUCGCCAGUCUCAACGAAACUCGCGGCCGACCUGCCUUACACGUUGCAUUAUUGAAGGCACUUGUACGCAGCAACCAAAGACAAGCCGUUGCCCAAUACUUCAUACGUGCACGAGAUGGCUUACGGAGCUCAGCGGAUUGGCUGUUAUUCGCAUUGAACCAUUCUAGCGAGUUUGAGAUGAUGUUCGGACGAAUCCCUAUCCUGACAAUGGAGGUCAAGCUCUGGUUGUAUGCGCACUACAUUCGAAUGGCCUUGAAAGACCCAGAGGUAACCGAGGAAAAAUGCGUUGAGCUGCUGAACGAGUUUGACAAGUCGAUCAAACGCCUGGAGAGUCUACUGCCUUUCGGUGAUAAGCCAGGGCCAAAGUUUUGGUAUCGGAUCCGCGAAGAAUAUGCAUCCCAUGCCACACUGCUUCGUGGUUUAAGUCACUUCCGGUCCUUGAAAACGAGCGUUCAACAGGCAUCGGAUCUCAGGCGGGUUCGGCCCCAGCUGCAGGCAGCGGUCCGUCAAUGGCGACUUUGUAUUUCUUAUCGGACAGAGUAUCUGGAAAAGAAAUCAUAUUGGACCAAAACAGCGGCAUCACGGCUGAGCCUGGCUGCGCACAACCUGUUGGCAUCCCUUUACUGCUUCACACCAGCAUGGACUCUCGGCACAUAUUCGCAACCGUCAACAGAUAUUGAAGCAGAUGCUGAAAAUCAUCUACGCAUUGGGUCUCGACGAAAAGAAUCAAACAUUUUACCGCAUUUUUCUCUUGUCGAUUUUCCCACGGAGCGAACGGGUCAGUUAUUUUCACUUCUCAAGUGGCUGAGUGAAAACCUGCAUGAGGUGGAUAUGACGGCGCUAGAUUCUGAGGCCGCGGAUCUGGGCAGGUUCGCGAACGUAUCGGCGUGGCACAUUCGAAAUUGUCGCCUUCGAGAAAUUCUUAGAGAGGUGUUUCCACGACUUCCUGAAUCCCCACAGACGCGCUCACCACGAAAAGGGCUGAAAGCUGUCUUUAGGCAUCGGCCUACCGUUGCCGACAUGGAGGCCUUCAUCAUGAUGCUAUUGAUCCAAAGACAUAUGUGGUGCUGUAGUGUUUUGAAUGCCAGCUCUGUAGACGAGGUAACAUUCCUCUCCACUCUGGAUAUGUGGAAACCAACGAGAGAGCAGGAAAAGUUUUGGCGUACAGCUCUUGUUAUGCAUGGCAAGCAAAUGUACGCUGGUCACUACCUCUUUGGCGAAAGAUUGGACGAAGACGAUUACUAUCAAGCUAUCUUGGAGAUUCGUGGUGCGAUUCGAUGCAAAGCUUCCACGUCAGCGGAAGAGCGACAGACACCACGGCAACUUUAUGGAACGAUGGGGUUCCUGUAUUCUGAGAUGUCAAAACACAAUAUCGUCGUGCUUGAUGACGCAAAGCACUAUCUUAACCUUUAUCUGGAAUGGGACAAGACUGAUAGCGACGAGCUGCCAGAGUCUCUGAUUGUAAUGCCUGACCUUGGUCAGUGCCGGGCAAGUUUUGGAGUUUCGGACGAAAGAAUCCGUCAGGCAUUGAAUGAAGUUGGUCGCAUCAGAACGGAUUUAUCCUCACGAUCACUCGAUCACAAAUCACCUGCGAAGGUUAUGAAAGAUAUCAAAAAGUCCCAUUUAAAGUCACCGCUCUCGAGCCGCCACUCGAGUCCUAUUGCUAUUUCGUCUCCGUUGGCCUCACACAGCAGCUCUCCUCUGCGGACAGGCAAAGACGUUUCCGUGGAUGAUGAUGAUAAUGCUUCGAGUGGUUUAAAGUUGAGUCUACCGGUAGAGAGUGCAAAGGAAGGCAGUACCACCAUGGACCAGUCCUUUGCGCGUGUGGACGAGAGUUUGGACGUCUCUGUAAUUCAGGGUUCCGAUACGAGUUUGGAUUCCGACCAUGUCUCAAGGGAUGAAGAUAGCCCUUUUCUGGUUCGGCCGCCUGCUGUAUCAUACUCUUUACUGCGCACACAACGUCAUUUACGACUACUUCAAGACCUGCGGAGUUUUAAUAACUUUGAAGAUCCGACAUUCUCUCCCUCUGCAUUCCCAAGAACCACCGGCCCUCCACAUCCGUUUCCAGAUAACGGGCCCGAGCAAGACACGAAUGAAGAGAGAGACGAAACCGAGCAAAAGGAUGCAGACGAGCAGCAAGCCAAUGUCAAGCACGAAGAUGUGGAAGACAUUUCAGAGGGCUGGCAAUCCGUAUCUGAAACGCAGACGGAGCAACAUGAGCAAAAGGAAGUAUCCAAAAAUGUGGAACCGAUUGCACCACUUCCCAAAUCCCCCCUUCCCAAUCCUGGUACAGGAAGCCCUCGAACACAAAUGGCCAUGCCCUUCACACCCAAGCGAGAUCCUUUGGAGCUAAGAGGCGGUCGCGGUGAUCUCUCCGAGUUGAAGCGAAGGGCGGUUGUGAGUAAGAAUUUGAAUCACCUUGUGCAAGGUCAACGCACAGAUGUGGUGAGGGAAACAGGUCCGGACAAGCCAAAGACGAACGAACGCCUUGCCAAGCAGCUCAAAAUGUUGGAGAUGCUGAGGAGUUUGUCGUUACAGCAACAGACUUGAGUUUUCAGGGGCUUCCUCGGUGAAUGGGAAUAUAUAGUAUUAAUAUUAUUAGAAAGCGCCUUCAAGUGACGGACGGCUACGGUGUAAACAUUGUUUUAUUGGAAUCAAUCAGGAGGAUGUCUGUUUUCAUUAGGUAUGGCGAAACUCUCAAUAGAAGGAGAGCGGAUAUACCUUCAAUAUGAGGCUCCACCCAAGGAUUCCUGCUUAAUAAUAUAUUUUUUCCAAC